GCUGGGAGUAUCCCCUUAUGGCAGCCUGGAUGACAUGCGAUCAACAAAGAGGCCUUGUGUUCACUCUCUUUCGCCUACGGUUGUCGUCACUCCCGGCGUUGCAGUCGUGCAUUUUCCGUUGCCACCCUUGUUGCCGUCUCCAGCGCGCCGUCCAUACACUCCGGUACACCCUCUGUCGGAUUUCGAUGCGUUGUGUUUUCCUGUGUUGUCGUCGCCAUUGCAACCUCGCCGUUUGCAGUUUCUGUCGUGUGUUGCGCAGCCAUUUCCUCCUCCUCCACUUUUCGUUGGACGCGACGAGUUGGACUCCAUCCCCCUAGAGGGGUGUUCUCAAGCAUCAGGCGCGGUGUUUGGAAGUGGAGGGUCCACACUGCGUGACGGAGGACGUCGGAGUGUAGAACCGCGGGUCUCACAUUCGUUCGCCGCAUCAGGUCAUGGGCAGGGGGGUGUAUUGGAUGAUGCACGUCGUGCCUCUGCCAGGGACACACAUGACCGUAAUUCUGCCCGUCGCUCUCUCGUCUCCCGGUUCGACGAGGAUGACAAUGUGUGUGGUAGCGGACAUGGGCCCGACCGUUGCGAUCCUGGCGCUCAAAAUCUUGGUGCGGGUCGUUCUGAACACUCGGACAGGUCCUUGGGGCAAUUCGGUUCGCAGUCAACUGGUUCCGCGAAGUACUCUCGUUUGUUCCUGACUACCGCUUGCAAGGAGAGACUGCGCCUUUUACAAUCUGCGAUGAAAAAAGUGAGCGACAAGUCUGGGGUCAUGAGCGAUGUCGUCGACCGACUGUUGCAUUGGUCAUUGCCAGCCAUCCGGUCAGAGUUCGGGGACGGUGUGGCGUCGAGGAUCGAGAGAACACUACCGGCCGGCAGUCAUGCAGAUGUGUUUCGUCUCGGAGCAGGAGGGGAUGAUUCGACAGCGGACGCUGAGGAUGAUGGCGAGUGUGAGGGUGAAGGGAGCAGUGGAGGCAAUGGCGGGUCAUUUUGUGGGUCGGAUGAUUCACUACCGCGUUCAAGGCACGGGUCACAGCGUGGCCGCAGAUCGCGUGGGCGGCCACCAAGCCGUGGCAGGUCGCGUUCUUGUUUCGAACAUUUACGUCCUUUGUGCUGGGACGAUUCGAAGGAUGGUGCUUUGCAAACCGGACCUUGCAAUAAUCGGUCUGCACAUGUGUUGGAAUCGAUGGGGCACUGGGAAGGCUCGAAAGCGCCUGAUGUCAUCUUCGUGGAGCAGGUGAAGCUGCUGCAGUUGCUCGGGCUGUUCGAUUUGAGUUGCCCGCGCCACGGGGGCGGUUGUGCUGUGGAUGUGUCCUCUGUCGGUUAUCCUGGGCAGAUUUGUCGCAUUUCGCUCGCUUGUAAGAAGUUCUGUCGUUCGGCAUGGCACAGUGCACUGGUUUGGGGAGCUGUGUACUCUUGCAGACUUCAACAGCAGUUGUUCCAUGUGACCGUCACUGCGGGUAUGACAUAUACCGUCCUCAACGACUUCUGCAUCGUGUUUGGGGUGGCACCUGUGCACAAACCUACUUUUUACAGUUGCAAGCGUGGUGAGCCAAAUGUGCGUGAGGGUUGGAAUGCAAAGGUUGUCAGGCAGAGCGUGUAUUGCGACUUGGCCAUUAACACGGUUAUGCGAUCAGGGAGACCCGUCACUUUGAUGGUUGACGGUCGCUACGACUCGGCCAGGUCUGCGCAACAUUGCACUGUUACCGCGAUUGAGUGUGAUACUCGUCUUGUGUUGGAGCGCCUGGGUAUUGAAUGGCAGAAGGAUUGCCAUCAUAAGGUAAAAAACAUUCGCAAGGCACUUAGAAAAGUCGUGACACUGAAGGUGCCAAAGAAAUUGAACAACCCUCAUCAGUGCGUGUCAGAAUCUCAGUUUAUGCAGUUUACGAAGAAGGAGUUGUUGGAUGCCUUGACGGACCGUUUUGGACCAGGGUCUUUGACAGCAAAAGAAGAACGACUGAAGAAGAGCGACUUCGUUGCUCUUGUGAUGAGCAAAAUGUACCCGUACGACACGAUGAAAAACAAUAAAUCCUUGGUCGUGGAUGCAGAUGGUGUGACUGAGUUCCAUAUGCAUGAGGUGGGGCAUUGGUUUCUUCGUGUUUCCCAGCUUUGCAGAGAUGAGGUCGGCGACUUUGUGACUCUGCACAAUGAUGUCAUGAUGAUCGCCGACCAUUGGGCCGGGGACCACUCCAGGUGCGUUGCAAACAGAGAGCUUUUAUGCUCAAAGGCGGGUGACCCAUCUCGGCUGCCUCUGUACACGCACGACGAUCCCGUGUACGACAUCAUUCGCCAGACGUUGGGCAGGCAUUGCAGCACGACCGUUUGUUCGUACUACACGGAGUUCUGUCACACGUCGACGGUUGAGACCUUCCAGGGCACAAUCAUCAUUUACGCGAAGAAGGUCUUGCACUUCGAGAAGUCGUAUGAGCCACAUUUGGCGAUUGCAGUCAUUCGAUGGAACAAUUGGGCUCGACGCCUCCUCGAGUACGACGACUGUGAUGUGUCGGGCGAGGUCGGGUCCUCGACACCUCCUCUGCCUCGCGAUCAUUUCUGCAGAGGCGAGGAUACCAUUGCCCGUGACGAGGACGACGUUGCUUCAGGUGCGGAUCCCGACGUUGUGGGGGAUGACGAUGUUUUCAUCAUUGGCGACGGGGAUGGGUUGCCUGUACCGGUGGAUGCCGUGUCCGAUCGAUCAUGCGAUUCUCUAUCGGACGCAGAUGAUGUCGAGUUGUUCGACGACUGACAUUAUGUUAUGUCGUAGUAUCUUGUACAUGCG